UUCAACCCUAAUUCCCAAUAUUUGAAGAUGUGUAAUACUCUCAUCGGGAGUAGCGAGAAGAUGAGCAAGAUCCGUUCGUCUGCUACAAUGCCCCAUCGUGAACAGCCGUCUCCUCUCGUCGUCACACUCAACUGUGUGGAGGAUUGUGCGCUCGAGCAGGACUCACUCGCCGGCGUUGCUGGCGUCGAAUACGUCCCUCUCAGCCGCAUCGCCGAUGGGAAGAUCGAGUCCGCCACCGCCGUCCUCAUCCAUUCCCUCGCCUACCUUCCACGCGCAGCUCAGCGCCGUCUCCGUCCUCACCAGCUCAUCCUAUGCCUUGGCUCUGCCGAUCGAGCUGUGGAUUCGACUCUCGCCGCCGACCUAGGUCUCCGCCUCGUCCAUGUGGAUACUUCCAGAGCUGAGGAAAUCGCUGACACCGUCAUGGCGCUCAUCCUUGGUCUCCUCAGGCGGACGCACUUGCUCUCGCGCCACGCGUUGUCGGCUUCCGGAUGGCUCGGAUCGCUUCAGCCGCUAUGCAGGGGAAUGAGAAGGUGCCGAGGUAUGGUUUUGGGUAUAAUCGGUAGAUCUGUAUCUGCUCGUUAUCUAGCUAGCAGGAGCUUGGCUUUCAAGAUGAGUGUCCUCUACUUUGAUGUCCCUGAGGGAGACGAAGAACGAAUUAGGCCCUCGAGGUUCCCACGUGCUGCCCGAAGAAUGGAUACGUUGAAUGAUCUACUAGCAGCUAGUGAUGUCAUUUCGCUUCACUGUGCGUUAACAGACAACACCGUUCAGAUACUCAACGCAGAGUGUUUGCAGCAUAUCAAACCUGGGGCAUUUCUUGUGAAUACUGGAAGCUGCCAGCUGCUGGAUGAUUGUGCUGUGAAGCAACUUCUAAUUGAUGGAACCAUUGCUGGUUGCGCUAUUGAUGGUGCUGAAGGUCCUCAAUGGAUGGAAGCAUGGGUGAAAGAAAUGCCGAAUGUGCUAAUCCUACCACGUAGUGCAGAUUACAGUGAGGAAGUAUGGAUGGAGAUAAGAGAAAAGGCCAUCUCUAUCUUGCAAUCUUUUUUCUUAGACGGUGUAAUACCAACCAACACUGUUUCUGAUGAGGAGGUUGAGGAAAGUGAAGCAAGUGAUGAAGAAGAACAAUCACCUAUCAGACAUGGCAAAUUAGCACUAGUGGAAUCCACCAGUAGGCAACAACAGGGAGAAAGUACUCUCACCAGCACCGAUAUCGUUCCUAUAGAGGCUAGUGAGUUUAAGGAAUCUCUGAGCCCUGGUCAAAACACUGCCAUAAAACCUGAAGUAAGGCGUAGCAGAUCCGGUAAGAAAGCCAAAAAGAGGCAUUCACAGCAAAAGCACAUGCAAAGAGCAGAGGGUUCAUCAGGACUACAUGAAGAAAGUAGUACUUCACGAAGAGAGGAUAUUGCUAUGAGUGACAGCGAAGAAGUGCUAAGUUCCAGCUCUAGGUGUGUUUCCCCUGAGGAUUCAAGAAGCAGGAAAACACCACUUGAAGUCAUGCAACAACAGUCUUCCCAAAACCAGCUUGUAAGGUCAAGCAAGAAGUUCAUCGGAAAAUCAAGUGAACUGCUGAAAGAUGGAUAUGUAAUAGCCAUGUAUGCAAAAGACCUCUCGGGGCUCCAUGUUUCAAGGCAAAGAACGAAAAACGGUGGUUGGUUCCUCGAUACUUUGUCAAAUGUGUCCAAACGGGAUCCGGCUGCACAAUUCAUUAUCGCAUACAGAAACAAGGACACUGUGGGUCUGAGAUCAUUUGCUGCGGGUGGGAAGUUAUUGCAGAUCAAUAGAAGAAUGGAGUUUGUGUUUGCGAGCCACAGUUUUGAUGUGUGGGAGAGUUGGAGUCUAGAAGGUUCUUUGGACGAAUGCAGGCUUGUCAACUGCAGGAAUUCCUCUGCGAGUUUGGAGGUGCGUGUGGAGAUUCUGGCGAUAGUAGGAGACGAUGGUGUCACACGUUGGAUCGAUUGAGAAAAACAAAAAGAGAGAAGAAACCAGAGUUUUCUUCUUUAGUGAGUUUCUCUCCUAUGUUUUUAUUUUUCCUUACGUUUGUAGGAUUCACAUAUUUUGUUGUCUACGGUCGGUGUCGUGUUGUCUGAUUCGUAUCAGUCAAUCUUAUUAUAUAUUCUUUUCAUCUGUAAUGUGUGUUUGUUUCUAACCUCCUUUCUUUAUUCGGUUUGCGGAGAUAUCCGAUAAGCUAAGAUUCUUAGAUUGAUGUUUGUUUUUGUUUUGCUUUUGAACUUUAUAAGUAAUGUGUGUUGCUGUUUA